AUGAAGAGCAUAAACCCAGUGAAGAUGUUGGCGGCGUUUGCUCUGGUUUUUCUGGUGUCCAGUGUGACUGAGGGACGGAUUAUCAGUAAAUGUGAGCUGAAGGAGAAGCUGGAGGCGGCUCAGAUUCAGGUGAUUCGGGCCAUGGGAGACAAAAUGACCCCGAACGAUCUCAACGCUAGACUUGUUUGCUUGGCCGGUGCUACAGGCUUCAACACCAGCUUUGUCAAAAACGUCCCCGCCAAACCUAAAGAGCUCUUAAAUAUCCACUCUAUAAAGACAAACGCAAAGCGGCGUCCCGUCUGGCACCUGUACGGUGUGUUUCAGCUCAGUGAUCAGCUGGCCUGUGAUUCUGGCAUGAACCCAUCUUUCAAUGUCUGCAACACGAGCUGCACUGCUUUUAAUGACGAUGAUGUCUCAGAUGACAUCGCCUGCCUGAAUACCAUUAUUAGCAGCAUUAAACCUAGACCCAAAAACAUCCUCUCUCUUCCACUUGUAACAUUGAACACCAUUUUGGUGAAGGAGUGUCACUCUGUGGUUCCCUCUCUGUAUUUUGCUGAGUGUCCGAGUGCAACAACACCAAUGAGUGAAACAACACUGUGA